AUUCCCCAUCCAUUAGGUUCGGAGAGUGCUUUCUUCUUCGCGAGUUCCCGAGCAGCGGCGGCCGCAUCGAUUUCUAGGGCGAAAUUCGCGGAAAGCUUCCGGCGAUUUGCGGCUUCGAGGCGGCGGUAGGAGGAGCCGGUCGAAGGAUUUGGUUGCGUGCGGGAGGUGAGAUGGCUGGGCGCAAGGAGACUGCACUCGACCUGGCUAAGUUCGUCGACAAGGGCGUCCAGGUGAAGCUCACCGGCGGACGGCAAGUGACAGGAACUUUAAAGGGGUAUGACCAGCUACUGAACUUAGUGCUAGAUGAAGCAGUUGAGUGUGAAAGAGAGCAAGAUGACCCAUUGAAACUGUCAGGAAAAACCAGACAGCUUGGCCUCAUUGUGUGCAGAGGCACAGCAGUUAUGCUGGUGUCACCAACUGAUGGCACUGAUGAGAUUGCCAACCCUUUCCUCGCAGACGGGGCAUAAGCUUGCACUGGUCGAUUGUUUAGAACCGUGCUCUCAAAGCACCUUGAGAACUCUCUGUUCCAGUGGGUUGGGGGGGGGGGGGGGCUCCCAUCCCGUGUAUCGUUGUACUCGUUGGUAAUGAACUUUGUACUUUGCAUUGAGCAACUUAAAAUAUCGACCAGUUGUUCCGAAUGAGCCGCUACUUAUGUUUUUUGCCACUUCUAUGAAAAUAUGGGCUGGUUUGUCAUAGCUUCAGAAAUUCUUGUAGCUGUAGCUGAAUAAAGAGGUGAUGUUUGAGUGAA